UUAAGGCAGCGCCUUUAUUUGUCAUUAUAAAAGGUUUCCGAUACAGUACCAAAAUCAUAAUUUGUGACUUUAAAAAGUAUACCUGGUGCUGUAAACUCCGUUUAUCCCUGGGUGGUUGAUUGCAGACAAUAUUUUAGGACAGGGGUACAAACUGUAUUCGCUUUUUAUUGGUAGUUGGGUCUCAGUCUGUUUCCAUUCUAUCGGGAAUACUCUCUGCAUUGGUAUAUGGAAAUGUCUGUAAAACCGCAAGAUCGGGUUUAGGACAGUAUUGUGUGCAGACAAAGGGUGAAGGAUAUAUUCUAAGACUGCAGGCGAAGAAAUUGAGACUGAGAAGCACAGGUUUAUGAUAAAUUGAUACACAGGGCCAAGUUGGUGGGAUCCCAGUAAUGAGAAAACUUUGAAAAAGAAAACCCCCCUCUACAAUAAGCAAGUCUGGGGUCAGAAGCACAACAAAGACUGGAAGAUUCCCUCCACGUGACAUAAAACAGUCAAUGCUAUUGGAUAAGGGUAUCCAGGCCCUAUCCCUCUGAGAAAACACAAUGCAGAAAGCCGCCUACUAUGACAAUUCUGGACUUUUUGGGGGCUAUUCUUACACUAAAUCUGAUGCAUACAGUUACAAUUCUGCCCACCAACCAUACCCACCAUCCACUAUUGAGAACGAUUUUCAGAGUUCGGUAUGUACCGGCACUAUACAAACACCAACUAUUAGACCCCCCAGCCACAAAUCCAGUGACAUAAAUGGCAGCUGCAUGCGAACAAGUGGCAACCAGGGCAGUAGCCAACCAGCUAACAUCAGUGAACAGCAGCAAGCACCUCCUCUGCCAGCAUCUUCGCCUAACUCAAGUAGUACUUCAACACAGAAAAAAAAGUCUGCAUCCACCUCUUCAGUUAACUCUACCAGCCCGGUUAUUACAAAGCAAAUAUUCCCGUGGAUGAAGGAGUCCCGACAAAACUCAAAACAGAAAAGUAACUGCACAGCUGCACAAGCAGGGGAUACUUGUGAUGACAAAAGUCCACAAGGGCCAGCAUCAAAGAGGGUCCGUACUGCCUAUACCAGCGCCCAGCUUGUAGAACUUGAGAAGGAGUUCCAUUUUAACCGCUAUCUGUGUCGUCCCCGCAGAGUCGAGAUGGCCAAUUUAUUGAAUCUCACAGAGCGUCAAAUAAAGAUCUGGUUUCAAAACAGGAGGAUGAAGUACAAAAAAGAUCAGAAAGCCAAGGGGAUAAUGCACUCUCCCAUUGGACAAUCCCCAGACAGAAGCCCACCAUUAAGUGGCCCAAAUCAUAUUGGAUAUUCAAGCCAGAUCCCAAAUGUAAACAGUCUUAACUAUGAUGCUCAUUCCCCAACAUCAUUCGCUAAGUCACAUCAAAAUAUAUAUGGCUUGGCAGCUUAUACAGCACCAUUAGGUAGCUGCCUCCCACAGCAGAAGAGGUACCCAGGAUCAGAAUAUGAACAUCAUACCAUGCAAGGCAAUGGUGGCUUUGCCAAUCCUAAUUUGCAAGGCAGCCCUGUGUAUGUUGGAGGGAAUUUUGUUGAUUCCAUGCCAGCCUCGGGUCCUAUGUUCAACCUUGGCCAUCUCCCUCAUCCUUCAUCCGCCAGCGUGGACUACAGCUGCGCUGCUCAGAUCCCUGGUAACCACCACCACGGACCUUGUGACCCCCAUCCUACAUAUACAGAUCUGACUUCUCAUCACACAUCUCAGGGAAGGAUUCAGGAAGCACCUAAACUUACGCAUCUGUAGUGGACUGUCAUUGUUGUGAAGCGGCGUCCUCGCUUUGUAUUACCUCACUAUAAUAUAGGGUACUUUUUAAUUAAGCUCAGAGAGAGAGAGAGAGAGAGAGAGAGAGAGAGAGAGAGAGAGAGAGAGAGAGAGAGAGAGAGAGAGAGAGAGAGAGAGAGAGAGAGAGAGAGAGAGAGAGAGAGAGAGAGAGGACUGAACAGCUGUGUUCCUUUUUGAGACUAAUCGGCACCAGUUAAGGGGUGUUCUUGCCAGCUGUUUUGCAUAUUGAAGUGCAAUGCACAAUACAAACGUAAGGACUGAACAUUUGAUAACGUUUUACUUGAAGGUAAGUCCUGUAGAUAUGUCAGUAUUAGCAACCCGAUAUAAUGGGCUGUUUUUGUACAUCUCUAUUAUGUGAUGUUUUUGUCUGCAUUUGGUCUCACUUCGAAGAGCUUCAUUUAUGUAUUUUUUUCAAGAAUGUAUGAAAGGCAUUAAACUCGAUUAUAUAUGUAUUUAUUAUUUUAAACAAGAUAUUUUGUACCACGUAUUAUUUAUCCUCGUCUUAAUAUAUUUAUGUGAACAUUUGUAGAACUUAUGCAACACGCCUUGGACAGAUUAAUUAAUGUCCUUUGCCAUUAUAUUGCUCUUCUUUAGUGAAAUGGUUCGAAAUAGGUGAGAGAAUAGUUUAAAGCAAUUGUAAAAGUGGCUGGUGUUUGUAGUUUAUGUAAGGGUUAAUUCUGGCAGCAAUCUGUAAGUCAUUAUUAUAGUAAAUCUGAAAUAUGACAUUACACAAUAGAUUAUAUUCAUUUUUGUCUGGUACUAUUUGAAAACAUACUUAGAAUUUGUCUCGGAACUGGUCCUUUCUUUUUUAAAGUAUGCAGUACACCAGCAUGUCAUUUUACAUGUCUCUGUAAAAGUUACCUCAGAUUAAUUUGUUACUUUAUGAAGUAUACCUUUAAUGCAUAAAUCGAUUGAACACCCUAAUGAUACUUUAUGAAAUGUUAUAUUUUAGUG